AUGAAGAGAUUGUGGGAUCAAGCCCAAUAUCUACCUCAAGAAACGGAAUUUCUUUUGAAACAUCUACAAGGCUAUGAAGCUAUAUUUGAAAUACUGCGUCAACGAUAUCCGAACCAGCAAGCUUUUAAUAUGCUGCCUGGAUUUUCGUUGGUGCAAGAUAACCUCCGAGAUUCAAUGGAGGCACUAGAGUCACUUAGGAAAAACGCAGAUUAUAUAUCCACGAAACUCGAAGCCAAGACUGGCCUGAAGCGGAAGCUAGCCGCUUUGAAGAUAAUAAUUGGAAAGGAAAGCUCAGAUGAACUCGCCAGCACACUGAAGGAGGCAAUAUCAAUGCUGCACUUAGCAGUACAGGCCUGGGACUUUUGGCUUUCACCGUCCGUAUAUGAACUACAAUCGACUCCAACUGGCUAUGGCUGGACGUAUAACUAUCGGGUGUACAACGUCGUUUCAUAUGAAUCUGAUAUUAUUCAGAGAAUACAAAAAGGAGAUAGGGCUGGUGUUCUUGAGCUAUUCGGAAACCGGAAAGCAUCUCCGUUCGACAAAGAUGAAUAUGGACACUCGCUUCUUUAUUGGGCUGCGACUAGCAAGAACUUCGACAUGUGUCAGUUGCUACUUAGCUUAGGGCUCCAUGAAGCUUUGCUUGAGAAAGUUGGCAAAACUGCCCAAGCAGGUGCAUUGGCACCGCUAGUGUACGAUCCUGAUCGACACCACCCGGAGAAAAUAUGGCUAAAGAUUGCAGACUUAUUUCAGUCAUAUAUCAACGAGCCAGAGACAAGCAUGGUUCUGCGUAUGUUCGACUGUCACAACUCCUGCGAUCAUGGAGAUGAGUACGUAAGAAUCUUUCAGCAAACAUUUUUGCCCAACUUCUAUAAUGGCCCGCUCAUUCAUCGCCUGGAAGCCUUCCGGCUUGGAUCUUUUCACUGUCAAGAUUCAACAACGCCCCCCUACCUCAUCGCACGAGGCCUGAAGAUCAGCAGCCUCGAAGUUAGCGAGUCAAGUCGCACCGGGGUUUCACUCAUGCACUCAGCAGCUGUGGCAUUCAGUAUUCGUUUCGCGGAUGAAGUCCUUCCGUGGAUAAGAGGUUGGGCCAUGUGGACUAUGUCACUCUAUAAUGAGGGAUGGGGCCACUUGGUGCGGGAGGUAGCCUCAGUUGCCAGACAGGAAGAUUUACACACAGUCGAGAUAGUGCAGCCCUGGGACGUGUAUCAGGUUCCAACCUGGAAAGGCACACCACUGAUCUCAGUUAUCGGCGGAGCCCUUUGCUAUCUGUCACCGGAUGUCAGUUUCUUUCACUGGGACAAUAUUUUCCAGGGAUGCAUCCAGAAGUGGGUUUCAAUCUUGCAGGAGAGCGGAGUUGACCUGGUUCUCUAUGGAGAACAAGAAUCCAUCAAUAUUAGCAAACACUUUCGCGCAGCUUUAGAUUCAGACGCAAUCGAGGCAUCGAGGAAUGAAGUACGGAACGUGCUGCCGUCAUCGAGCGCGAGACUUACGUUUAUUCGACCAGAGCGUUCCGGUCGCAAGAUGUGGAACAGCAACCAUUGAAUACCGAUCCGACUGUUAGAACUCAAGUUUGGUCCAACCCCUAGGGAUCGGGAAAUAGUUUGGGUGCCAGAAUUUGAGUGGAUGGCAAAAGAGUUCUGGCAGAUGAUAGAACAAGAGGUCGUCAUAAUGCAUGGGUCGUGGAUUGAUUAGUAAAUAUAUUGGCUACUCCUGACAAGCAAUACAAACAAUGAGGACAA